AUGUGGUAUUAUACAGUAACUAUCUUCCUGGUUGUGUUAACCCCUGGUGUCUUGGGUGACGCUCAAGUUCCGAAUUUCGACUGUGAUUUUGAAAGUGAUCAAUGUGGAUGGACCUUUGAUUUAUCGAAUAAACUAGUCUGGACCAGGAACUCUGGACCUACUCCGACUCCAAGGACUGGACCGUCCGGAGAUCAUACAUCAGGCUCAGGAUUUUACCUGUACAUCGAAGGUGCUGAUGCCAGUACUGGGGACAAGGCGACCAUCAUAUCGCCGACCAUCCCCGCCCUCCCCGCUGGGGGAGCAUGUGUCUCAUUCUGGUAUCAUAUGCUGGGGACAACCAUGGGUACAUUGACAGUGUAUAGCCCUCAAAACCAGGAGAAGUGGAAGAAAGCGGGCGACCAAGGGAAUCUGUGGAAGCAGGCAAACGUUUGGUUGCAGUCCACUUCAAGCUCGUCUCAGAUGUAUAUUACUGGCGAGCUUGGCGGAUCGCAUUACUCAGAUAUGGCCAUAGAUGAUCUGUCAAUUAAAACAGGAAUCGUGUGUCCAGAUGAUUUGCCAGAUGCCCACAGUUGUGAUUUUGAUCAAGAUUUUUGCUCCUGGUCUUCUACUCCUAACCCUAAGAUCAAAUGGAUAAGACAUUCUGGUCCAACCCAAUCCACAUCAACCGGUCCUUCAAAUGACCAUACAAAAGGAGAUAAGACAGGAUAUUACAUCUACGUCGAAGCUAGCGGUGCUGCCUUGGGUGCCAAAGCUCUUCUCAUCUCUGACGUCAUAAAGAACAGUGACAAUGGGUACUGUAUGGAUUUUUGGUACCACAUGUUUGGUUCAACCCUUGGUGUCCUGAGUCUAUACCAGAAGAUUGAAGGAAGCGAUGAUCCGCAGACCUUGAUAUGGACUGAGACACAACCUAGAGGUCCACAGUGGAAUCAAGCACAGCUACAAUUCACUGGCUCCGAUCCAUACCGGCUUGUCGUAGAAGGAGGAAUUUCAUUAGAAAACAUCGGGUAUGGAGACAUUGCAGUUGACGAUAUCUCGUUUCACGACGGCAAAUGUCCAACACCAAAUCACUGUGAUUUUGAGAGCGGAGAUUGCGGCUACACUUCCGGAAGCGGAAGUAACUUCAACUGGAAUGUCAUCCAGCCAAGUUCAGAUGUCAACACGCCCUCUAUCGACAGCACUUACCGAACUGCAGCAGGACACGUUCUUUUUGCUGAUAUUUCAUCUUUGACAUCGAAGAAUCAGAAAGGGAUUAUUGAGACCGGUAUGUUCGAUGCGACCGGGGUUAAAGGUCAAUGUUUUCAGUUCUGGUACUACAUGGGGACGUCUACCGUAUCUGUACUAAAGGUAUUCUUGGUGAUAGGAGGAGAACGAACCAAACUAUGGGAGAUGCAUUCUGCUAGCCAUCCUGCAGAAUGGCAUGUUCAAGAAACAAACCUUGUCAGUACAACACAGAAAAUGAAGAUUUCAUUCGAAGCUAGCAGUGAUAACAUCGACUGGCCAGGCGGUAUAGCAAUAGAUGACAUUACCUUGGCGGAUUUCCCCUGCUCACCUUUUGGUAGCUGUGACUUUGAGAAUGGAUACUGUACGUGGAAGAAUGAAGAAAAUGAUGAUGACACUAACUGGCUGCGUAACAAUGGAAAGACGAUAUCGGCUAACACUGGAGCUGAUGUGGAUCACACGUAUGGGACUGAGGAUGGUGAAUACAUCUACUUAGAAGGCUCGUUCCUGGAAGAGGGAAAUGCUGCCAUCUUGAAAUCCACAGUGUUCACAGCCGAUACAACCCGAUGCUUCGGGUUCUGGUAUUUCAUGAUGGGUAGUGGGAUAGGUAAUCUCAUAACACAGAUCACUGCCGAGGGUCUAUCCCCAGAACUGACUCUCAGGACCAUACAAGGAAACAAGGGAUACGGAUGGAAACAAGCUUUUGUUCCCAUACAAUCUCUAUCUGGUUCAUACUCCUAUGAGAUUCUCCUGAAAGGUACCAUUGGUCCUACUCCAUACGCUGAUAUCUCCAUCGAUGACAUCACGGUUGAGAACAGGGAUUGCUCUGAUGAAGCAGCUCCGGUUACACACAACUGCAAUUUCGAGAGCGAUCUCUGCUACUGGUAUCAAGAUGAACAAGACGAUUUUAAUUGGGUUCGGGCUUCAGGAGUCUCGGAUAGUGCAGGAACCGGACCCGGAGCGGACCAUACCUAUGGAAAUGAUCGAGGAUACUACAUAUAUACAGAAGCCUCUGGUCUCCAACCUGGCAACGUGGCUCGCCUUUUGUCUAAUCUCCUUAUCAACCCAAGUGAAGGUAGCUGUAUGGAGUUUUGGUAUCAGAUGUACGGUAUGCACCUUGGAAGUCUAAACGUAUACAUGAAGAUUGAUGAUAAUGAGACCGCCCUCUGGAGUGAGACAGAGCCCAGGGGUCCGCACUGGAUUCCAGCACGAGUGCAGAUUAAUACAACGGACCGAUUAUCCUUUAAGAUCGUUACCACGUCUGAAGUUCAACCAUGUGUUUCAUAUACUAUGUCUCUAUCAAAUUUAAAGGUUAUAUUUGAAGGUAUCAGGGGGCCAGAUUUUCAAGGGGACAUCGCCUUAGAUGACAUUACAUUCACAACCGGCGAUUGCGGCACACCGAGUUACUGUGGGUUCGAGAAUGGAGUAUGUGGUUUCAACCAACCAGCAAGUGAUGUCGUACAAUGGGUACUAACAUCGUCGUCUCCAUCUUCGUCAUCACCAACACCGACAACCGCCCCGUAUCUUCCACCGUUUGAUGCUACUUAUAGAACACUCGCAGGUCACUUUAUGUAUCUUGAACUUCAUGAUGAUCAGAACAAUAACGAUGGUGGACUAUCGACAGGUGUAUUUCCAACAGGAACAGCUGCAGACAGAUGCAUUAACGUCUGGUUUUAUAUGCAAAAUAGCGUUAAAAUAAGUCUGAAGGUCAUACAGUUAGGAUUGACUUCGACGAAUCAAAAUCAGCUAGCUUCAGUUGUUGGUGAAGAUUUGGCAGAUGAAUGGCACGUAAUACAAGCAGCUCUAUCCAUCACAGAGGAAUUCAAGAUCAUAUUCCAAGCUACGAAUCUCGAUCAGAAUGAGGAUGUCUCAAUAAGCAUCGAUGAAUUCAAGAUUACAGAUGGCCUAUGUCCUCAACCUGGCAGUUGUGAUUUCGAGAAUGGUUUCUGUACGUGGAAAAACGAGGAGAACUUCGAUGAUUUCGACUGGCAGCUCAUACAGGGUAGGACGCCCUCUGACAACACAGGCCCGCCAUCCGAUCACACCAAAGGGACGUCAUAUGGCAUCUACGCAUAUGUUGAAACAUCCGGCCGUGCAACAGGGGACAUUGCCAUCCUUAAAUCAUCUGAUUUUCAAUCUGGGUCCACACAAUGUCUCGAGUUUUAUUAUUACAUGUAUGGAACCAACCUUGGUAGACUUGAUGUCCAGGCGCUACAAGACAAGGAUACAAUCGGCACAACGUUUAGGUCAUAUAAUGGUACCCAGGGAAGUGCCUGGAGACAAUCGCUUGUGAACUUUGAUAUAUUUGAUGGUUUAUACUACACAAUCCUUUUCAACGCAAGUGUAGGAGCAACAGGGUUGAGCGACAUAGCUAUUGAUGAUAUCAGCGUUUACCCGGGUAACUGUUCCGGACGCUCAGACAUUUGCGAUUUCUUCGUCGACUUCUGUGAUUGGGAACAAGCGGUUGAUGAUGACACUGAUUGGUUGAUUGGUUCCGGAAGUGACAGUAACGACCAACCUCUCAGGGACCAUACCACAGGAGCUGUAGGAGGAAAUUAUGCUUACAUCGACUUCCGCGAUGCACAAACCGAACCUGGAGAUCAAGCCCGUCUACUCAGCUUAGAGCGAAACCCGCCUGCCGAUGGUCAAGCAGAAUGUCUUGGUUUCUGGUAUCACUUAAAUGAGACGAACGCAGGAUCCUUGAACAUUAUGGCCACAUGGGUAGAUAAUGGCACAACGGUGGUCACUGAUCCACUAUGGACCAUCAGUGGUAACCGUGGUGAUCAGUGGUGGUUUGGUGCUACAACGGUCGUCUCCAAGUUUCCCUAUCAGGUCAUCAUAGAAGGCACAGUUGGAACUGCGACGACUGGAGGCAUUACCAUAGACGAUGUCGGGUUUACUUCCGGGGCAUGUGAUCAACCAGGUCACUGUAGCUUCGAUCGGGAUAUGUGUUCGUGGCAAACUACUGGGGAUGAUGGCGAUCACGAUGAGCGACCUUGGAUACGGGAGUCUGGUAGAACAGUCAGUGGCAACACCGGACCAGCUAAUGACCACACUAAAGGAACAGCUGAAGGGUAUUACGUACAUGUAGACGCCACGGACGCUGAAGAUGGCGACACUGCUACACUUUUUAGUGAAGUCUUCGACCCUUCGUCCGCUGAGGGCGAUUGCUUUGCAUUCUGGUACCAUAUGAAGGGAAAAGGGGAAGUUAACCUAACGGUAUACUAUCAACAGUUCGACCCUCCUACGACCUAUGACCCACAGGAAGUGUUUGUCGUCAGUGGCAAUCAAGGUGACAUGUGGCUGGAAUAUCAAUUUGACCUUUCCUCGGAUAUGGAAUUCCAGAUUUACUUCCGGGUCGUGUACAGCGAGGGAGGCUACAUUGAUGUGGCUAUCGAUGAUACGAGUCUUACAACAACGAAAUGCUCAGAAUACAACCAAUGGCACUGUACGUUCCAGGAUGGUCUAUGUGGAUAUACACAAGCUGAUGAUGAUGAACAGGAUUGGACUAGCAAGUUCGGUCGUACACCAUCUUUUGACACGGGCCCAAAUCACGACCACACCAUCGGCAAUGUCUUCGGUGAAUACCUUUACUUGGAGACCUCAACUGGGAACGCCGGUGACAAGGCACGGCUCCUCAGUGCGUUCGCCCCACCAGGCAAAUACUGCAUUGACUUCUGGUUCCACAUGUACGGUCAACACGUCAACACGCUUAAUGUUUACAUUCAAAGGAAUGCAACGAUCCUGGACCUACCAGUGUGGACUAGGUCUGGGUCUAUUGGCAAUCAAUGGAUGGAAGGAUAUGUGGACGUGGUUGACGUCGAGGAAUUCAGGGUUGUUUAUGAAGCAAUAAGAGGAAUAUCAUACCUUGGAGACAUCGCUAUCGAUGACCUUGACUUGAUUGAAGGGGAAUGCACAGGUACCCAUAUGUGUGAUUUUCAACACGAUGACCUAUGUGGAUAUCAUCAAGAAACUAUCAAGGAUGAUUUUGACUGGCUGCAAGGAUCCGGAAGUACGUUGACCCCUGGAACUGGUCCAACAGUAGACCACACCUAUGGUACCGAUUACGGCAAGUACAUGUAUAUAGACUCAUCUGUACAAUCACCUGGAGACAUAGCCCAAUUCAAUUCAAAGACUGCAGAUCCAGAUCCGUCUGGUUUCACCUGCUGGAAGUUCUACUAUUAUAUGAACGGUGCUGGAGUAGAUACACUAAGGAUACUGUUUGACGUUGAUGGCAGCCAAACGGAAAUAGCUGCAAUAUCGGGCAACCUCGGGAAUGGAUGGCAUUCAAAGCAAGUAGAAGUGGCGACCGCACAGAGGUAUCGUGUGGUGUUUGAAGCAUCGGUAGGGGAAAACAAGGAGACAGGAGAUAUUGCAAUCGAUGACGUAGACUUUAGGAGUGGUCCAUGUGGACACGACUUAUCAUGUGACUUUGAGGGCAGUAAGUGCCUAUGGGAGAAUACACAAACUGGUGAUAUAGCCGAUUGGAUCCGAUAUACUGGUAUUACACCGACACCAAGAACAGGACCUAAUUUUGACCAUACAACAGGGACAGAAGAAGGCUUUUACAUCUAUUUCGAGAGUCAAACCGCACAACCUGGUUAUUCUGCCUGGUUACUGUCCCCGCCCUUCAAUUAUGACGUCACAACUACAUGCUUUACAUUCUGGUAUCACAUGUUUGGUUCGUAUAUCGGUGAGCUUAAUUUCAUCCUCAUCGAUGACGUCACAAAGGAAGAAACCUAUCGAUGGCGUCUCCAAGGGCAACAGAAUCCUGAUCAGAUGACUUGGUUGCAAGGGAAAUUCCAGGUGUUAGAUCCCAACGAUGGCAUGACAACUACGGCGACCCCAUCGACAAGAAAAAUAUUUGUGAUCAAAGUUGAGGCGGUAUUAGGUUAUUACAGCUAUGGAGACAUCGCAUUGGAUGAUUUCAGCCCGGAGAGCGAUACGUGCGAUUAUAUGCCUUUGGCAGCCAAUCCCAUCAAUCAAGAUACUGUUAGUUGUGAUUUUGAUUCUAACUGGUGUGGAUGGAGGAAUAUGCCGGAUGAUAAUCUUGACUGGUACAGACAAAACUUUCGAACCCCAACAACUGAUACAGGGCCUGAUUAUGAUCAUACUACAAAUUCACAACUUGGUUUUUACCUGUAUUUCGAGGCGUCACCUGGAUCUCAGGGGUACAAUGCUAAGCUACAAUCUGUACCUAUCACUGCUACACCUAACGGAGCAUGCUUUAAAUUCUGGCUUCACAUGUAUGGACAAUCGAUGGGUGCAUUGGAGGUCUCUUCUGUUCGCAUAGACGAAAAUCAACAAGAAUCUUUGUGGAAGCAGUCUGGGACACUCCAAAAUAAAUGGGUUUACAGACAAAUAAACAUUGUGGCUGACUAUCAUUAUCAGAUCAUAUUCAAUGCAGUACGUGGAAUUUCCUACUGGGGUGAUAUUGCCAUAGAUGAUAUUUUCCUCGAUCUAACUUCAAACUGUCCAGUUUUGAAGGAAUGUAGCUUCGAGACAGACUUCUGUGGUUGGUCUCAAGAGAAGAUUCAAGAUGAUUUUGAUUGGUCUCGGAGUCGUGGUAAAGAUCACAAGGACAUCCCAGUUGAUAGUACUGUUGGGGUAGAUACGGGUUACUACGUCUGGGUGGAUACAACUACCUACCCAGUGGAUGGUCAAAGCGCUAUUCUUUUCAGCCCUACUUACACACUCACCUCGAUACCACAUUGCGUUCGAUUCUACUAUUACCACGACGGGGUCGGUGCACUCACCAUUCACUCUCGCGAGUCUGGCAGAUAUUCUGAUCCGCUUUGGGAAGCGCCCCCUAUCGGCUACGCGGGGUGGAGGUUUGGAAGUAGUAGUGUGACGGACAAACAUAGUUUUGAGGCUGCUUUUAAAGGGACUGUUGGUUCUACUCCCGGAUCCUUGAUGGCUAUUGAUGACGUCAGAAUCGACGUAGGAGGAUGCCCGUCACCCGGCUACUGUACCUUUGAAGAGCCUAUCUGUGAUUGGUUCAAUGUAGAUGACAUAGAUAAAAUGGAUUGGGUUCUCAUCAGCGGUCGGACAUCUAGCGGAGGAACUGGCCCGACGAACGAUCACACAACCGGAAACGUUUUAGAAAUUGGAACGCUGAACGUACAUCUUCAAGAACUCCAGACCGGUGCAGAGAGAAAGACUCUCUGGACUAAGACGGGUGAACAGGGUAACGCCUGGUUUCUAGCUGAGAUUGACGUAUCUGUUGGUGUCUAUCAUCUCAUCCAACUUGAAGGCAUUGAUAGUGUUGGUUAUAGAGGGGAUAUAGCGUUAGAUGAUAUCAAAUACACCGAGCACAACUGCAAAUAUGUCCCCCCUCCUACCCCUACCCCGACCAAAGCGGUUACCUCUGCACCCCUCCAAUGGGAUUGCAGCUUCGAAGGAGACACUCUCUGCACGUGGACGCAGGGAAAGAACGAUGAUUUCGAUUGGACUAUUCAAACUGGGAGUACACCAACCGUCGGGACAGGUCCCCCUGCGGACCACACCACUCAGACUAAGCAAGGUUUCUAUAUUGUGAUUGAUUCAAGCUCUACCAGUAGUAAUGAUGCUGCCCGUAUCUAUAGCAACCCUCUCCAGGCUGGUACUCCAAUGUGUAUGACUUUCUGGUUUCACAUGUAUGGCGCUCAUGUUGGUCAACUCAGUGUAGGAUAUGGAAACACAGAGGGUAAUACAGAAGGCUCAGUUGUGUGGACUAAAUCAGGAGACCAAGGGUAUAACUGGAUGGUGGGACACGUGGCCCUCUUUACCGACACUAACAACCCUAAGGUUUACCUAGAAGGUGUGGCUCGAGACGGUUACCAAGGUGAUAUUGCUGUGGAUGACAUUAAAUUCAACUAUGGUGACUGUCCUGCCUUAUUAUUCUGUGAUUUCCAGGCUGACGAUGCCUGUGGGUAUGCUAAUGAUGACACAGAUGAGCUUGACUGGGUCAGAGAUCAUGGACUGUCAUCACCUAAAUCACUGCCUCAAAAUGAUCAUACGUCCGGCACUCAAGAUGGAUAUUACAUGCGAAUCACGACAGACCAGCUUUCAGAAGUUGAUGCUAGUGGAACCUUGCUCUCAUCCAUAUAUCCCAAUCCUCUGAGUGGCUUCAGGUGCACUGAGUUCUGGUACAUGAUUAGCGAUGACUUUGGAGAGCUGACUGUAGCAGCCUACCAAAUAGAUGCCUUAGGGGCUAUCCUACCAACAGGGGUUUCAACAUCUUUUAAGGAUCCAACGAGUGGUCUUUGGAGGAAAGCUUCAAUAGAAGUGCCAUCCAGCAAUGACAAUGUGUUUACAUUCAAACUGGUUAUCAAGAAAGCUAUUCCAGGUGUCUUUGCUGCUCUUGAUGAUAUCUAUGUCAAAGAUCAACGGUGCACUGGACAACUAGGAUCAUGUGACUUUGAAAUCGACACCUGCGAUUGGACGAACACUCAGAAUGCGGAUGAGAUUGAUUGGCUACGACACAGUGGUUCUACAGGCAACCAGGGGACAGGACCUCAGUUUGAUCACACAACAGGCUCCCUCUCUGGUUGGUACAUGUAUAUUGAUUCAGCUCUAGGUUCACAUGGGACUAGAGCUAGACUGGAGUCUUCUAGCAUUGAUCCUCAAGAGGACUUUGUCUGCUUCAGUCUCUGGUAUCAUAUGAAAUGCCCAGGCAGCAAGAACAAGCUAACAGUUGCCUGGGAAACUGCAUAUCAGACGAACAUAAUCUGGUCUUUCACUGGUGAAGCUGAUGGUUGGAACUUAAGACUACUCACAUUUAGUGUCGGAAAGCAGUAUAGAAUGAUGAUAGAGGGAGUUCAUGGUGAUGCAGCUGCAUGUGACAUUGCCAUCGAUGACCUGUAUCUAUUCAAUGGUGCUUGUAGUGCUGAUACUACCCCUCCACCACCAUUCACCUGCCUAACAGGAGAUGAGAAGGUAGAUGCAAGUACCUGCUUCUUUGACGAUGACCAGUGCGGAUACACAAGCAACUUCACAGGGCUGUUGCCAUGGAUACGCCAGGGAGCCGGAGUUCCAGCCACCCCUCCUCCCAAUCUUCCCCUACCGCCUCCAGCUCCCAAUUCUACCUUCAUGGUGGUUGAUAGGACGGCAGACCAACUUGCCGGAGCGGACUAUCCUCGGUUGGUUAGCCCGUGGAUCCAGGAGACAGGUUCUAGCUGCUUUGUUCGCUUCUGGUAUUACCUUGAUGGUGCAGAUGAUAUAGUUGUGACCUAUAAGACAUCGCCAGCAGAAGAGACCGUCAUGUAUAGAGCUGCUAUUCCAAUGUCUGGUAACUGGGAACGAGCGAUCUUUACUGUCCAGAGAAUAAGAAGACCGUUUCAAAUGAAUUUCCUAGGAAUGCUUGACUAUGCUUCUGACAGAGGUGUCAUAGCCAUCCGUUCCGUUGAGAUGAUCAUGUGUGGCUUCCCAGAACCUAAGACAUCUUGUGAAGAGGGAGAGUUUAGAUGUUCCAAUAGAGCCUGUAUCAGCAUGAAUCUGGUUUGUGACUACUCUGAUGACUGUGGGGACUAUUCAGAUGAGCUCCAAUGUGACCCUGACACAUACACAGGCCGAUGUAACUUUGAAUCUGGUAUAUGCUCAUACACAAACAUCCCUGCCGACUACAACUGGGUGAGGACAUCAGGAGCUCUUGACAUGGGUGCGAAGUAUGCCCCUACACGUGACCACACCCUUAAUGAAGUCGGGGGUUAUUACAUGCUUGCCGAUGCUAAAGGUACCGGAACAGGAGAUGUUGCCAGGAUCGCAUCGCCAAUCUUCCGGCCAACUGGUCAGACCUCUACAUGUAUGAUAUCAAUGUUCAUCUUUCAACAUGGCCCUGAUGUUGGUACCCUCAAUGUUUACACAAGAACAUCAGUCGGAGGUCCUCUGACUCUCCUUAUUAGUCUGACUAACUUCGAUGUGGAUAGCUUUGCUCGUUACAAUCAGAUCAUAUCAGUACAGGACAAAUUCCAGGUGCUAAUAGAGGCAGUCACAGGCAAGGGACCAGAUGGAGUCAUUGCGAUCGAUGACAUCUCGUUCUCGAACUGUGACCUCUCAAACGAUGCACUACCCCCAGGCACCACACCAGCCCCGCCCACCACCCCUAUCCCCUGUCCUAUACCCUCUGAUUACCAAUGUGGUGAUGGUCAGUGUAUCACCCAGGAUCAAGUCUGUGAUUUCAUCGUGCAGUGUAACAACGGACGAGAUGAGCAAAACUGUGGUGGAUGUGAGUUUGAUGAUUAUGGGUACUGUGGAUCUCUUGUGUUAAGCUGGAUACCUAUGAAGGCUGGGAAUGACCCAGACGCACUUCCUACUGAUCACAAUAAUAAUUUAACAGCCCCUGGAUUCUACCUCCAUGGUCAUUUUGGUCUUAACAGCUUGACCACUCCUCCUAUAGGACCAACUGGUGCUUUGUGUCAAGUCCAGUUUUAUUACUACAUGACUUCCAAUCAACCUUUCACUAUCUUCAUCAAGAAUGGGCCCCAGAUAUAUGGAACAAAUGGAAAGGAAUCCUUAGGAACAUGGCUGUUGGGAACAGCAUUUAUUGGAAAGUUCAAGGAGAAGAUUCAGAUUACAUUUGAACAUCUCAACCUGGAUAAUCCAGAUAACCCUGACUUUACAGCUCUGACCGUUGGCUUGGAUGGCAUCAGCUUUUUCAGUUGCCUUGGCGAUUCCAAUGUCUCCCCAGAUAUCAGCUGUACGUUUGAAGAUGGUAUGUGUGGGUAUAUUCAAGGGAAGAGCCCAGAUGAGGAUGAUUUUGAUUGGCUGAGAGGAACAGGAGAGACAUCGUCGGAUACAACCGGACCAAGGUUUGAUCAUACUACUGGCUCAGGGUAUUACAUGUACAUUGAGGCAGACGGACAAGCCGAUGGCGACAAAGCGAUUCUAAAAUCCCAUCUUCAGCGGCCAACCAAUGACGAUGGGGUUUGCCUGACAUGGUAUUAUCAUAUGUAUGGACCGGAUGUUGAUAAGUUUAAUGUUUACAUUCAGCAAGAUGGGAUGAUGACACCAAUCUUCAAACGUCUAGGGACACAAGGAAACCAAUGGAUGUAUGAACAAUGGACUGUCAUCUCACAGACUUCUUGGGCAGUUGUAUUUGAAGCCUUCAAAGGAUUGGAGAAUGCUGGUGACAUUGCCAUUGAUGAUAUCAUAGUAAUAGAUGGAACCUGUUCACCACAAAGAACAUGUGACUUUGAGGUUGGCUUCUGUUCAUGGAGUCAAGACUCUAAGGAUGAUUUUGAUUGGUCGAUUGGUAACAAUGGAUCCAGCAUCGAAGGCACAGGACCCCCGGUAGACCACACUAUGGGAACAGAUUUAGGAAUGUUUGCCUAUGUGAAGACGGCCAAGCCUCCCAGAGCUAAUGGUGAAGUAGCCCAGAUAUUCAGCCCUGUCUACCCUGCCGCAGUUAGUGAAUGCCUGACCUUCUGGUUCCAUCUCUAUGGGGGCGCUAUCGGAAAGUUGGAGGUUCUCGUCUAUGAUACCGUGUCUAAACAAUCGUCCAGUGUGUGGACUGAAUUCAGUCACAGUGAGAUGGGAUGGCAUUAUGGACGUGCCUCUCUCACAGCCAACCACCCAUAUCAGAUUGUCAUCAAGGCUACAUUAGGUGACGGCGACGAUGGUGAUAUUGCCAUCGAUGAUCUCACUGUUCUGGAUGAAGCUUGCUCAAGGCCUGGUUUCUGUGAUUUUGAGAAUGGUAGAUGUGGAUGGAGUAAUGAAAAGGAGAAAGACCAAAAAGAUUGGUUACGCAAUAACGGCGCUACCUCAUCACCUUUCACUGGUCCAUCAUUUGAUCACACAACGGGAACUGACCAAGGAAUGUACAUGUAUUUUGAGGCCGAUAGUGAUCAAGCCAAUGUGAAGGCUGAUCUUGUGAGUGAAUUUCUUCCAAAGACUCAGGGAUCCUGUAUGACCUUCUGGUAUCACAUGUUUGGUGAUGGUAUUGGCAGCUUGGAUGUAUAUAUAAUGGGCUCUGAUGGAAACCUUUUCAAACCUUCUGCAUGGAGUAUGAGUGGCUCACAGGGUGAUGUAUGGAUACAAGGCAGUGUAGAUAUUGUGUACAUUGGGGAAUUUAAGAUUGUGUUUGAAGCUACAGGGACGAGUAAUGGAAAUGGUGACAUUGCUAUAGAUGAUAUUGAUAUAAAUACAAGAUCCUGCAGUGAUGGGGGAGGUCCAACAUCUUUACCUGUGAUACCAAUGGAUUGCACAUUCGAAUCAAACAUGUGCUCAUACGGCCAACUGGACAGCGACCAGUUUGACUGGACGCGAACCUUCUGGUUCAGCGGCACCGAUGGCACAGGGCCCGAGACAGAUCACACCAAAGGCAGUACCUUUGGAUGGUACGUCUACACGGAUGCAACAGACCGCAAUCCCGGGGAUAAGGCACGACUUGGUAGCCCUGCCCAGAACCCAACCGGUUCCGGAUCCCCUAAGUGCUUGGUCUUUUGGUAUCAUAUGUACGGCGUGCAUGUCAAUAGGUUCAAUGUUUAUCUACGGAUCUCAGGUCCUCAGAUGACGGUGGAUAAGAUCAUCUUCACUAAGUUUGGCACUCAGGGCAAUCAAUGGCAGAAGGCUGAGAAAGAGAUCACAACAGAUGAUAUCUGGAUGAUUAUUUAUGAAGGUGUAAUAGGAGAGAGUGAGAUUGGAGACAUUGCACUUGAUGAUAUAUCUCUUUACGAUGGUCCAUGCCCUCCUCAAGUUGAAUGUGACUUUGAAAUGGAUUUCUGUUCCUGGACUCAGGACCAGACUAACCAAUGGAAAUGGCAGAGGGGUACAGGACCAACUCCUACACCAAGCACCGGACCCUCAUAUGAUCACUCUACUGGCAGUGCUGUAGGUUAUUAUGCUUACACUAAAGCAUCAGAUGCAUCAGCUGGAUCCAAGGCUAGGCUCUUUAGUCCCAUCUAUGUAGAUACUGAUUUGGAAUGCCUGAAGUUUUGGUACCACAUGUAUGGCGGGGACCUAGGUCAACUGACUGUUUAUACAGAAGACCAAGUUACACAUGGUAACAGUGACCCAUUGUUCACACGCAGCGGUCCUUCUGAUGAUUCCUGGAGGUUUGGUCAGGUUAGUAUAUCAUCAUCUCAUCGUUAUAAAGCUGUCAUUGAAGCUACACGUGGUGAUGGUGUCCAGGGAGAUAUCGCUAUUGAUGAUGUCGAGAUCAUCAGAGGGGCAUGUCCACCUCCAGGAUUCUGUGAUUUCCAAAAGGAUCUUUGUGGCUGGUCCCAAGAGGUGGUCCAGGACCAGUGGGAUUGGCUUAGAUCUUCUGGAGGAACGGACAGUCCUAAUACAGGACCACAGGUAGACCACACAUAUGGAACUCGUGAUGGUUUUUAUAUUUUCUUUGAGAGUUCCUUUCCAAACAUGAAAAUUGGAGAAACAGCAAUACUCAACAGUGAGCACUUCAGUCCUACCCAAGCUGCUUGCCUUAGCUUCUGGUAUUACAUGUAUGGCACACAUGUGGGUGAUCUUAACGUUUGGAUGUCAUAUCCUUCUGGAAAGCCGAGGCUGUCUUAUUGGUCUCUGAGUGGGGACCAAGGCUAUGCUUGGUUCAAUGCUAAAAUUGAUCUUGCAAGUGAUGAAGAAUUUAGGAUGCAACUGGAGGCUGUAUACAAAGUUGUAGGAGAACGGGGAGAUAUUGCAGUGGAUGAUUUAGACUUUGAGAUGAUAGGAUGUUCAAAUAUUGGUACUCCUGCUCCAGUAACCACUCCAAAACCUACAGCAGCUCCUGUUCUGUCUAUCUGCACCUUCGAGACAGACUUCUGUGACUUCACCCAAGGCACACCAACCUCUGUGAGAUGGUAUCGAGCCACAGGCAACCAACCGAUCUCAAACACAGGACCAACUGUAGACCAUACACAGGGAAACAUAUAUGGUCUCAAGACCAAUGUUGGUAAUGCCGAUGACUACAGUCAAUUGACCACUAGCUCAAUGACCACUGGUCCUAAAGGAUACUAUGUAUAUCUCAAGACCGAUGUUGGCAAUGCCGAUGACUUUGGUCAAUUGACCACUAGCUCAAUGACCGCUGGUCCUAAAGGCAUAUGUGCUUCCUGGUGGUAUCAUAUGAAUGGUGCUGAUAUCAAUAAGCUUGAGGUAUGGAGGGAUGGAUCAAGCAACGUCAUGGAAUGGACAAGGGUUGGACACCAAGGACCAGACUGGAAGCAAGGCCAGAUCUAUCUCAGUGGAUAUUGUGAUUUUGAGCAUGGUGACUUGUGUGGAUUUGAUCAGGAUUACAAUGAUCAAGGAGAUUGGAAUGUGGAACCUAAUGAUUUCAGCUCCUUGGCCUUAACCUAUGGACCUGAUACAGAUCACACAUAUGGAACCAAUAUAGGUCAUUUUAUCUACGUGGACAGUAUCAAUAACAACUACAUGUCAAAAGUUCGACUGAUCUCACCGGUCUACCCAUCAACAUUUCAACAAUGCCUUCAGCUUUGGGUAUUCAGCGAGGGCACUGAUGCACCCGACUUCACAGCGACCGUCACAAUCGGUGAUACCCCGCUUACUCAGAUCUUGAGCCUUGACAACUCUAAUUCUAGGGGCAUGUGGAUUCCAUACGAAGCAUCGUUUUCCAGUAGUUUGGACCACACUAUAAUUUUUGAGGCCACAAUUGGUUCUGAUGGAGUUUUAGCCCUGGAUGACAUCAACUUGAAUAAAGACUACUGUGCACCUCCAGGGUCAUGUGACUUUGAGUAUGACACCUGUACCUUUUAUAACUAUCCUUCUUCGGUUGGUAAUGAUCAAUUUGAUUGGCUAAGGGCUAGUGGUCCCACACCCUCUCAGAAUUCUGGUCCAAACGCAGAUCAUUCUACUGGAACAGCAGCAGGAUUCUACAUGUACAUUGACUCGGCUCCACCUCGUCAGACUGGAGAUAGCGCUAUUCUUAACUUUCCCUUUCUAACUGGUGAUAAGUGUAUAUCAUUCUGGUAUUACAUGGGCGGAGCAGACAGUUCUCUUGAUGUAAAAAUGGAUCUUUCUCUGUGGUCUAAGACAGGUCCACUCGAUAGCACAUGGAUGCAUGCUACAGUAACCGUCACUACCAAUGAUGUGGAUAUGACUUAUAGUGUUAGCCUAAUAGGUACCAUAGGAACACUUUCUCAGAGUGACAUUGCUGUAGAUGAUAUCAGUGUCUAUGAUGGCCCCUGUGCAGGGGCUACUAACCCACCACCAUGUCAGUUUAACUGUGAUAAUGAUGUGUGUCUGAAGGAUGCUACAUUGGUGUGUAACUUUAAUGAUGAUUGCGGGGACAGCAGCGAUGAGGUCAACUGUGGUUCUUGUGACUUUGAGUCAGGUUGGUGCAAUUACACGGACAAUAGUAUAGGCAGCCUAGUAUGGCUAAGAGGUCAAGGGUCAAAACACGUAGCUGACUCUGGACCAGCCAAAGAUCACACAAUUGGAACAAGUGAAGGUUACUAUCUAUACGUUGAUUCCAGUGAAAGUUCUAAAUACAGUGAAGCUUUUCUUCUCUCACCGGAGCUGAAUGAAGCAAGUCCUCACUGUAUUCUUGACAUUUGGAUUCACGUAUAUAGAAAUGUUUAUGCAUCUGUCCACUUUCUGCUCGUUUCUGGGAUGGACCGAGCCUUUGUUUCAUAUUAUUCGAAGCUUGGAACGGGAGAAUGGUCGUUUGUUUCUGUCCCUAUAGGACGUGUUAAAGGCACUUUCCAGAUUGAAGUGAAAGCAUUCAGGGCUUAUGUUGGCGAAGGGGAUAUCGCCAUUGAUGAUAUCUCAUUCCGUGACUGUAAUUUUCCUGCGCCACCUCCAGGUGGAUGUAGUCCAGUAGAAUUUACCUGUGGGAAUGGAAACUGCAUCAACACAGACAGAUAUUGUGAUCUCACAGACGACUGUGGAGACAUGUCUGAUGAGAUCGAUUGUGACAAUUAUGAAAGCUGUGACUUUCAGACUGGUAUCUGUAAAUGGACUCAGCUGAGAGCAGAUGAGGUUGAUUGGAGAAGAUGGAAAGGACUGACCAGGUCGAUUGGGACUGGUCCUGGUAGAGACCACACGACGGGUCUAGAUUCAGGUUACUACAUCUAUCUCGAAGCAAGCUUAGCAAAUUAUGGCGACAGGGCACGUCUUGCCUCAAGAACUCUUACUUCAGUAUCAGCUACAGGAUGUUACCUACGGUUCUAUUACUGUUUGUUUGGUCAGCAUAUCAAUGAGCUGAAUGUUUACACGAGACAAGCGAUCAAUGGCCCGUUGACACGUAUCUGGACCAGAAGUGGCGAUAUCGGAGAAUACUUCUUGAGAGCUGAUAUUGAAUUGAAAGAUAUUAAAUCUCUGCAGGUUAUCAUUGAAGCUGUAGGAGGAGAUGGUGAAUACGGUGACAUAGCCAUUGAUGAUACAAGUUUCACACCAGGAUGUUCAUUCAGUAACACACCGUUGCCAACAGUGACUACGUCAGCGCCUACUGCACCUCCUGUUAAUGGUCCAACCUGUGGACCAGAUUCAUACCAAUGCAACAACGGGACUUGCUUGGAUGUUGAUCAGAGGUGCGACGGCAAGAUGGAUUGUGGAGAAUCAGAAGAUGAAACUGAUUGUGGCAACUGUGACUUUGAAUCUGAUGAGUGUGGCUGGACUGGUAUCCCCAACGGACUUUACCUGUGGACCAGGAUUCAGGCUAGCGGUGCCCCAAGUGGGCGUGGCCCAAGUCUUGACCACACCCUUAAUAGUGGCACAGGUUACUACAUGUUUGUUGAUAGCACUUUUGGAACAUUUGGAAUGACAGCUCUCCUCCUGAGUCCACUGGUCCUUGGAAGUACUGGGUCAAGAUGUGAGAUGGAGUUCUAUUAUCACAUGCGUGGUGAGGCAGGUACGCUAACCUCUAUCCUGUAUGUUGAUAACCUUCCGGAUUCCUCUUGGAGUAUGUCAGGUGACCAGGGAAACACAUGGCACCGUGGGUCAAUUCUUGUAGGACCUAGGUUUGCUGGCCAGUAUUAUGUUCGACUUGAAGCGUCACCUGGGGUUGGUUUUGAGAACACUCAAACACCUACUGAUAUAGCUGUGGAUGAUAUCAACUUCAUUAACUGUGAUAAAUCUACAGAUCUAAACUGUGACUUUGGAGCUGGUGAUUCUGAUGGAACCUUCUGUGGUUGGACACAGGGUGACGGCUCAGAUUCUCUUGAUUUUGGAUUAUUAAGGAAUCCUCCAUCAGGGACUGGCUAUGCAGGUCCAUCGGCUGACCAUACUGAUGGGACAGGUUACUUUGCUGUUGUGAUUGCUCAGAACCUACCUGCGGAAGGAGAUUUUGUCCGUUUAUUGUCUGGCGCCCUCAGAUCAACUGAUAACCAACCCUUCUGUAUCUCAUUCUGGUAUCAUAUGUCCGGCCCUGCUGUUGGGUCUCUCAAUCUCAUUCAGAGAGAUACAGAUGGUAAUAAUGAAGUUAUGAUUUGGACCAAGAGAGGCAACCAAGGCAAUACAUGGAUACUAGGUCAAAGGAACAUAAUAACCACCUCAAACUAUGAACUGGUCCUUGAAUCAGUGUGUGGUAGUAACUGGUUCUCUGGUGAUAUCGCAAUCGAUGACAUCAUGUUUAAAGAGGGCGCUUGUCUUGAUACAGUGGAAUGUGAUUUUGAACUUGAUUUCUGUGAUUGGAAGAAUCUUGGCUCUGAAAGCGAUGAUUUUGAUUGGCUGAGAGGAACUGCUCUCUCGUCUCAAGGAAUAGGACCAGAUAUUGAUCACACAACAUUUACAAACACAGGAUAUUACCUCUAUGUUGAUACCAGUGUGAAUGGUCCAAGGACCACUGGCAUCUUACAAAGCAAGGAUUACUAUCACACUGGUCCACGAUGUGUGUCGUUCUACUAUUAUAUGAGUGGGUCUGGUCCUGGAACUCUGUCGGUCUAUAGACAGGAUGAUGGGGACCUGUUUGUUAGUCCAAGCUGGACCAAGACCGGUGACCAGGGUGAUCGAUGGAUCAGGGCAGAGCUAGAGAUCACUCCUAAUCUUGAUAAAAGCUAUAAGAUCUACAUAGAGCUUACAUCAGCAGGAAUUUCCCCCGAUAGCAGCAUGGCCAUAGAUGAUAUCAACAUUGAUGAUAGAUUCUGUUCAGCCCAAGGCUCGUGUACGUUUGAAUAUGACAUGUGUGGAUUUGACAAUGAUUAUCAGAAUGACGAUGCUGAUUGGAUGAGAGGAAGCCGUACUACGUCUUCAUCUUUCACUGGACCCGCUGUUGAUCAUACAUUACAGACUGCAUACGGUCACUAUGUCUUUGUUGAGUCAUCAUUUAGUGAUGAAGGAUUCAAGUCUUGGUUACUUAGCGAACAUUUCUCACCGACUGGAGGUCGUUGCUUGGAGUUUUGGUAUCACAUGUAUGGUGCUGGAAUGGGAGAUCUGAAUGUUUACACUGCCACUAAGAACACGGCUCCUAAACUACUAUUCACAGAGAGUGGUAAUCAUGGGAAUAUAUGGAUACAAGGACAGGUCAAUGUGGACGCACCCACAACAUUCUGGGUAAUCUUUGAAGGAGUUGUUGGGUUCAAUUACACCAGUGAUAUUGCGUUAGAUGACAUAGCCCUACAUUCCUCCGUUUGCACCGUCACCAAGCCACCACCAACUCAACCACCUCCCCCACCUACGGCAUUACCUGACAUUCAUAAUUGUGACUUUGAGAAUGGUUUCUGUAACUGGACCCAAGAUCUCAAGGAUGACUUCAAUUGGACCAGGGCUACAGGUGAGACAGUUAGUCCAGGAACAGGACCCAGUACAGACCACACCAAGAUGGACCAAACAGGAUAUUAUGUAUAUGCCGAGUUGUCUAAUCACCAACCCGGUGAUCCAGAGCCAGGUGACAUGGCCCGUUUGAACUCUGCGGCCUUGAAGAAUGUUGAUAAGACUGGAUACUGUAUGACAUACUGGUUUCAUAUGUACGGAGAAGAUAUUGGAUCCUUCACAGUCUAUGAGAAGAAAGGAGAUGUAGAGACGGCUGUAUGGACUGAGACGAGGACCAGAGGCCCUCAUUGGAAACCGGCCCACAUUCAUUUUACAGAUACAGGAACUUACUAUAUUAUCCUUGAAGUAGUGCGUGGACCUAAUGAUAGUGGUGACAUUGCCAUAGAUGACAUUAGCUUCCAUCCCGGGGUCUGUUCUACACCAGAUUCGUGUGAUUUUGAGAAUGGAGAGUGUUUCUACAGCCAGACUACCCCUGAUCAGUUUGAUUGGUCAGUCAUACAAGCAAAUUCAAAAUCAGUUGCACCACCAAUAGACACCACAUAUAGGACUCAAUAUGGCCAUGUUUUUAUUGCUGACAUGACGAGCCUGUCUUCAAAUAAAGACGUUGGGAUUGUAGAUAGUGGACCAAUAGCAGCUACUACUGGAGAUGGGCAGUGCUUAUCAAUGUCAUAUUACAUGGUCAACUCUAAAUAUUGCCAAUUUAAGAUUUAUAAGGUUCAGUUAGUAUCUGGUGAGACUGAAUUGUUAUGGGAGAUGGAUGGCAUUUCACAUGAAGAUGAAUGGCACGUCAUGGAGGUCAACCUUAAUAAUACAGAUGGCUAUUUCAAGGUCCGCUUCCAAGCCUCAACCAGAGAUCGGACGAUGAAUGCGGCUAUAUCAGUUGAUGAUAUCACCCUUAGCACUACACCUUGUCAACCAUUUGGGUCAUGUGACUUUGAGACUGGACUCUGCUCCUGGAGAAAUGAAGAGAAACUUGAUGACUUUGAUUGGAAACUCAUUCAAGGACGAACACCGACCGACUUUACUGGUCCACCAAAACACUGGAUGCAAGAUGUUGGUACCUACAUCUACAUAGAGUCUUCUGACAGGCAAAGGAAUCAAAAAGCUAUCCUAAAGUCUGGAGAUUUUCUUGCCUCUGAGAAGCGAUGUUUAGAGUUUUAUUACUACAUGUACGGCACCUCAGUAGGAUCUCUGUACGUUCAAAGGCAGACUGAUACACAAUCAAAGUUCACCAAUCUCAAGAAACUGAGUGGAAAUAAAGGAGCAUACUGGAGACAACAAUUGCUCGCAUUAGAUGUGAUAGAUGAAGCUUAUUCCUACCAAUUGAGAUUUUAUGCUACAGUUGGGACGUCUAAUUCUGGUGAUAUAUCGCUUGACGAUAUCGCUUUCUAUGAUGGAGAAUGUCCUGCCGAACCCCCAGACUGUGAUUUCUACUGUGAAGAUCCUGACAAGACGUGUAUUCCAUACAGCAAGUUUUGUGAUUUCAUACCUCAUUGUCCAAACCAAAGAGACGAAAGUGACUGUGGAUCAUCAUGUGACUUUGAAGAGGGUACCUGUGGCUGGUGGAAUUCUGGUCACAAUGUUUAUAAGUUCAUCAGACAUCAAGGGGAUACGCCAGACUCAAACACUGGUCCAGCCUUCGAUCACACCACACUUACUGCAUUCGGUUGGUAUAUGUACGUUGGCAUCACCCCUAGUUCUGGUACACGAUGUGCGGUGUUUUCAUCCAGUAUGCAUCAUCUUUUUUCAACGCUUCCAUAUUUUUUUUAA